AUGACUAGGUUCAGGAAAGAAGAACGUCGUUCCUCGAUCACCACCAAAAUCCAGCAGCUCGUCGUGACGAUUCCCGUGGAGAACUUUAGACGCCAUAUUCAUCCGGAAGACAUCGGAUCGUGGGGCCGGGAAACGGAGCAUUUUUGUGGCAUCACAACGAUGCACGGCCCUCUACGCGCUUAUCGCGGGAAAAGCAUGUACAAAUGGCUAUGGCGGCUGAUUAUGGUCUUUUCUGGGUGUUUGCUGCUCUACCAGGUUGGCACCAUCGUCGGCACCCACAUCGAAAGACCCGUGGAGGCAAAGGUGACAUUCGAAAAUUCGGAUGAGGGACUCCGCUUUCCACUCGUUACACUAUGUAAUUAUAACCCGAUUACGCGGGAAUACUUGGAACGAGUGAAUGGAACUGGCACAUUCUCGGACUCGGUCUUCAAAUAUCUCGUCCAAUCUAAUGCGGAACUCCAGGCCUUUCUGAGCGCCGCGAAUGGCGAAGAGCUCCUCAAGAUGGACGGCGAGUUCCAGGCUUUUCAGCGCAACGCACCGUACACGGUCAACGACUUUUUCGAGCAGGGCGGGUAUAAAUGCGAGGAUCUGAUGAAAAUGUGCUCGUUUUCGGGGAUAAAAUUCGAUUGCUGCUCGAAGGCACAGCAGACGGUGACGUCGCUUGGAAAAUGCUACACGAUCAGCCUCUGGGAAACGCGCGAGAUGAAGAAGCAAAUCUCUCCCGGCGAAUAUUCCGGCCUUCAAAUCCUGCUCGACUCGCAGCUCGGCGAAAUCUAUAGGGGCAGCGGAACCGAAUCCGACCCGGUGUUCACGAAUUCGUUUGAGAACGGCUUCCGCUUCUACGUGCAUGAUCGGAAAAUGAUGUCGUUCAUCACCUCCGAGGGCAUUUCAGUCAGUCCGGGCAGUCGAGUAUAUUCUUCUAUUGAAACGGAAAAGUUCAAACGCCUGCCCCAAAACGACUGGGGCGAGUGUGUGGAGGAUUGGCCGGAAAAGUACAAAGAUAUCGCGCCCCACCUACCGUACUCCCGCAAGAAUUGCCGGGCCCUGUGCCGGGCGCGUUAUUUUCAACAGAGCUGCGGAUGCGCCCCGUUUUUGUAUAAUUCUAUUAAAGUCUAUCAAACCUGCACUCCGCUUCAACUCUACAAUUGCCUAAACCAAACCCGCACAUCGCUGUAUAAAGACCUCGAAACAUGGUGUCAGGAUUGUCCACCGGAAUGCGAAAACUGGGAAUAUCACGCGUACAACAGCUACGGGUUCAACUUCUCGGAGGGAGCGAGGAAAUGGCUGAAGGAACAGAAUGGAGAAUGGGAUGAUCAGAGGAUCGAAAAAAAUUUCGUCAUGGUGUCGAUUUUCUACCGUGAGCUGUCGUACACCAAGUUUGAGGAGGUCAAGGGCAGCGACGUCUCGACAAUGCUCAGUAACAUUGGCGGUAAUAUGGGGUUGUGCUUCGGAAUGUCGGUCAUCACUUGCGUGGAGAUGAUCAUCUACAUCCAAAAGUUGUUCUGGAUUUGCGUCUCGAAAAGCCGGAGGAAAUAUAUGCUAGAGAAGAGGCGGAUUGAUUUGGAAAAAGAGCAACAUCUAGAAGAGACAAUCCGAGAGUACCGUCGACAUAAAGAGAAGCUGCAAUCGGAUAAAUCGGCGAUGGGAAGACUGAAGAAAUUGUCGCAUCGAUUGAGGGAACCAUCAAUGAAGCGGAAAGUGGCUGAUAUGUCGUCGAAAGGUGGAGGAGGACCAGAGAUGGAGCUCGAGCUCAAGAUCGACCUUGCCGAAAAGGACGGCGAGAAGGAGAUUGUCGGGGUGGUUGGGGAGCGGAAGAGCAGCAAUAAUAGUACGCUAUCGGUGCAGAGUCCAAUGCGCUACAAAUCCCGAUCGAUCCUGUUUGACGACUCGAUCCCGGAAGAGGCCGAUCGGAAAACGUCGAAAGCCAGCAUCGAGCUGCUGACCGUCCAGAGUCCGCUGCAAUACAAAUCCCGCAGUAUUCAGCUGAACGAUCCAGCGGAAAUGGCGGGCGAUCAGGGACAGUCCAGAUUGCAUAGUUGCCUGGCCGUCCCGGGACAACUCCAAAAAUCGAAAAGUGUCCAGUUCGAGGACGUCGCCGAGGCAGAGCCUACCACCUACACCACUGGAGACCGUCCCUCCUCGCUGACGCCGCGCCCGAUCCUUCAAAAGGGACGCAGCUUCGAGGCCGACGAACUGCCCGUUUUUACGUUCGAUUUUGUGAAGGAUAAUACGCCCGAAAAAUCGAUGGAGAGGGAUUACUUCGAAAAACCGGUGAUCUCGGAGGUCUCGUUCAAAACAGCCGACGCUGGGCUCCAAUUUCCGCUGGUUACCGUAUGCAACUACAACUCGAUACGCCAAUCCCAUAUACAGAAACUAAACUCGACCGGCCAGUUUUCGCAUUCACUCCUCGCCUACUUGAUGCAAUCUUCGGCUGAAAUCCGCUCGUUUCUGGGUGCAGCUGAGUUGAAAGAGCUCGAAAAAGGCCAUGCGGAAUAUCUACUGUUCACCACUUCAUCGAACAAUACCUUCGAUAUCAACACGUUUUUCGAGUUGGGCGGAUACGAUUGUGAGGCCAUCUUCAAAACUUGCUCCUUUGCCGGCCAGAUUUUUGAUUGUUGCCAACAUGCACGGCCGACGAUGACUUCGCUGGGCAAGUGCUACACCCUCGACAUGAGCCUCGAGGGUUUCCAUCGUCUCCAACUGUCCCCUGGCGAAUAUAAUGGACUUCAUCUCAUUCUCGAUGCACAACUCGAUGAGUUCGAGCGUCUCCCACAAAACGAUUGGGGUAAAUGUUCAGAAGAAUGGCCCUUUUCACCCCCUCUUCCCCUACCGUACUCCCGCAAGAAUUGCAAGGCUCUGUGCCACGCACGCCACUUUGAAGAAACGUGUGGAUGCGCGCCGUACAUUUAUAACACUCUCAAAGUCUUCGAAACCUGCACCCCACUCGAUUUAUUCAAAUGUUUGGAUCGUGCCGGGCAUAAUAACGCAUCUGGUAUU